CCGACAUUCAUCUGAUCGUUACAUCGUCAGCCGGUCAAAGUUAAGGAAUACAUUCUAUCGAAAGGACUUUGCAGGAGGACAUGCCAUUGGUUUUAUUCAACGUGGCGCUUUCCAAUUUGGUGACCAAUCUUUUUUCAAUUCUGUGUCGGGAUAUUGUUUUGAAGGUGUUAUUCCGGAAUAAUUUUGCUCUCUCUCGCGGGACGUUACUGAACUAUUCACGGUAUGAAUGCCGGCACGCCUUUCCAGCUCAACUGCCUCCAGAGUUUUCGGUCGUCGGCCGCACAAUUCGAGCCAUCAGCAAAUCCAUAAUUAUUCCAAUCGACUUUGGCCAUUAUAAUCUUUCGCCCAUCAUAUCGUCUCGCUCUCACAUGCAUUUGAAACACUGCCAGGAUGUUGUCGAUUCCGAUACGAGAGAGAUCGUCCGGGAAUUCCAGCUAAGUUCCAGAAAAUAGUUCAGGAGGAAAUGGAAGGGAAUUUCAUUUUUAGGUUGCACCGUGUUGAAGAAACGGCGUCCGUGUUUCUCGAACGGAUGAAGAUCCUAAUGGCAAAGUUAAGGGUUGGUAGUCGUAACCCUACUCCUGAAGCUAGUUGGAAGUUCGACUUUUUAGGCGAGCGAUUGGGGGGCCUUUGAUCAUGCCCUUGCCUCACAUCGAGCACAACUCCCUGCCCAAUUGACCUCGCUUACGGUGUCACGGAGUAUGGAAACGAGGACACCUAUCUCAAGGUCGGGAGAAUCAGAACAUAGUGCCUCAUCACCAAACUAGGCCGACAGAACUUGGAUACUGAUGAAGCAGUUCAGCCUGAAACUUUC